AUGACUCAAGAAUCUAUCAUGCGCCAGGAUCCGAUUGUCCUGGUUAUAGAUUUUCAUCAUGCCAGAGGCCCCGAGAUAGAAUUAUGUUUCGCCGAUGAAGGAUCGAAUCCAGCUGUGGAAAAUGACUGGUCAUUACUGCCGUUCAUGGCAUUGUCGGAUGGAGCACAUGCCUCGACGGAAGACUUCUCAUAUUUCACGCUCCGACGCGAAGCUACCUCCACCCAGAAUGCGACGUCCCUUUUCGGUAUAUCCUGUACGAGACAGAUCCCUGCGAGUUCGUUAAUUGUACGUUCCCCCGAUGUGACGCGCUCGACCGUUCAGAAGGCGGUAGUGGUUGUGACGGAUGGGCCGCAACAUUUUGGGCCGUUGAGGGAGAAGUUGUCAAUGGUGACGUCGGCGUGGUUUGCGCAAAGGGAUUUCUCGGACGUUGAUAUCCUCAAGAAAUUCCGCGAAAGCCUGAUCACAAGCUUGAAGAAUGAAGAGGCGCAAAGAGACACGUACCUUGGUCUAUCCUUGCGAGAAAUGAUUCACACCUUUAAAUCACAAACACUCGUUCUAUUCAAAUGUUUACUAUUACAACCAAAGAUGUUAUUCUUUGGCUCUCGUUGCGAACGUCUAUGCAUGAUACAGUUUUCUUUAUUGUCUUUGAUACCCGGUUUACUUAGUAAUUUACAAGACUGUGCCGAUCCGGCGUUUGAUUCAUAUGCUGAAAAUGCUGAAAAGGCCACGUCUCUCAAGACGAGCGAACGGAGUUCGUUACUGGCCUAUAUGGGAUUGCCAUUGCAGCUUUUCGGCAAGGGAAGUAUAUUUGGACCAUACACACCAUUGCAGCAAUUGGAUCUACUGGCUGAUCACGGGACGAAAUCGUACGUGGUCGGGUCUACAAACUCAUUAUUGCUCCAACAAAAAGACCGUUAUAGCGAUAUUUUGAUUAAUUUAGAUGAAGGGACUAUCAGUAUCCAUUCACCUUCACUGAGGGCAGCACUGGCGUUGACAGCCGCAGACAGACGAUGGGUUGACUUUCUCACGCAAACUAUCAACGAGACCUGGGACCCGGCGCAUCCCGAACAGCCCAAGACACAUGGCUAUGUUGGCUCCGAGGAGUUCAUCAGACUUCAGUUUGAAGAGUAUCUUCUGGCAUUAUUAGCAAGCACAAAUCAUCGACAACAUGUACAACCCAUGUCACCCGGAAAAGCGGCAGAAGCAAAGAGCAAGGGACAAUCAGCCGAUACGGAAGGAGAUCCGACGCUGGAUUUCAAUACAGACUUUGUCGCCCAUUGGCAAACUACGCGGAAUUAUGCUCUAUUUCAUCGAUUGACCUCUGACGCAUUGCUGUUCUCCAUCGUUGAGCCUCGACAUCCCUAUGCAGGCGGACUUACGAUAGAUGAUAUUCAGCGCCGGCUGGCGCAGCAAGUAUCCGAACUUCAUCUAGACGAGCGCGUCCGCGAGGGCCGGGAAGCACUCAAUAAGACACUAGCAUCAGGCCAGAAGAAAGUAAGCAGCGCUUUCAACAGUUUCUGGGCAGAUAUCGAAGCUCUACGAGAAGCGCAACGGAAAAAGAACGAAGAAAAAUUCGGAGCUGGAGUCACGGAACGAUCGUCCUCUGACGAUAAGAGUGUCAGUAACGAGUCUGUGCAAUUCGCACGGAAUGAUACACCCUCACCCGCGAGUGAGAAUCAGUCUCCAUUCUCUUCGUGGUUCGGCAGCCGUCGCUCGCCAUCUGUCGAUAUUACGCAGGCACAGACUUCCAUGAAUGUAGCAGGCCAGAAAGCGGGCGCUUAUAUUAGUUCGUGGGGGACAUGGGCCAGCGAGCGACGCAAGGAAUGGCAAGAUCGGAGGAUUACGACGACGACAAGUACAAGUACGAUAUCAUCGCCAACAUCAUCAUCAUCAUCAUCAGAAACAACGACCAAAAACCCCGCAGGUCUUCCAAGCGUUAACGAGAAGACUGAAAUGAAGGACCAACCCAAUAAUGACAACAACAAUAGCCACCAAUCAACAGACGCACCAUCCCUCCGCGAAAGUGAAGAAGCACCCUUCCCGACAACAUCAUCAACAACUUUAGGCCGAAGCAUGAGCCGCCGCAAACGAUGGAGCAGCGUCCUACGCAUGAAGGAUCAUCAUCGCAGCGACUCCGACAGUGAAUCAUCAACCAGCCGCAAGGGAUCAUUAGACAUCCCGCGCCGUGGGUCCGCGUCCUCGACUUCGGUCACCGGCUCGAAUGGAAUGGUAGAUGGGAUACCGAAGUCGCCGUUGGGGCAGAGGCAGAUAGUUAUUGGGGAUGAUGACACUGUUCCUACGACGACUACGCCGGAGAUAAUUGCUGCAGAAGCGGAAGGCAAAGAAGAUAUAUUGCCUAGUCCGGCUUCAUCUCCUGAAGCAGAGCAGGUCAAUGCUGAUGAUACGAAAGGGGAUAGUGUUGAGGCAACGAAAGUAGAUGAUGGUGUCGUGAAAUAG